AUGUCAUGCCGAAAUUUCCAGUUGAGCUCCAGAUGUGGCAACCGAAGUUUCAGCUCGUGCUCAGCCAUCAUGCCCCGGAUGGUCACCCACUAUGAAGUGAGCAAGGGUCCCUGCCGGCCUGGGGGUGCUGGGGGCCUCCGAGCCCUGGGCUGCCUUGGAUCUCGGAGCCUAUGCAAUGUGGGUCUUGGGAGGCCACGUGUGGCCUCCAGAUGCGGCAUGCAGGGCUUUGGGUACCGAGCGGGAGCUGCCUGCGGACCUCCCAUGUGCAUCACCCCUGUCACCGUCAACGAGAGCCUGCUGGUCCCCCUGGAGCUGGAGAUAGACCCCACGGUGCAGAGAGUGAAGAGGGAUGAGAAGGAGCAGAUCAAAUGCCUCAAUAACCGAUUCGCAUCCUUCAUCAACAAGGUGCGCUUCCUGGAGCAGAAGAACAAGCUGCUGGAGACCAAGUGGAACUUUAUGCAGCAGCAGAGGAGCUGCCAAAGCAACAUGGAACCACUGUUUGAGGGCUACAUCUGUGCCCUGAGACGACAGCUGGACUGUGUGUCCGGGGACCAUGGGAGACUGGAGACUGAGCUCUGCAGCCUCCAGGAUGCGCUGGAGGGUUACAAGAAAAAGUACGAAGAGGAACUGUCGCUGCGCCCCUGUGCUGAGAAUGAGUUUGUCACCUUGAAGAAGGAUGUGGACACGGCCUUCCUGGUAAAGGCUGACCUGGAAACCAACUUGGAGGCUCUCGAACACGAGAUUGAGUUCCUGAAAGCCCUGUUUGAGGAGGAGAUCAGCUUGCUGCAGUCCCAGAUCUCUGAGACCUCAGUCAUCGUGAAGAUGGACAACAGCCGAGACCUGGACGUGGACGGCAUCAUAGCUGAGAUCAAGGCCCAGUACGAUGACAUCGCCAGUCGCAGCAAAGCAGAGGCAGAGGCUUGGUACCAAUGCCGGUAUGAGGAGCUGAGACUGACAGCUGGGAACCACUGUGACAACCUGCGCAACCGCAAGAACGAGAUCCUAGAGAUGAACAAGCUGAUCCAGCGGCUGCAGCAGGACAUUGAAACAGUCAAAGGCCAGCGCUGCAAACUUGAGGGAGCCAUUGCCCAGGCAGAGCAGCAGGGAGAGGCCGCCCUCAGUGAUGCCAAGUGCAAGCUGGCAGGGUUGGAGGAGGCCCUACAGAAGGCCAAGCAGGACAUGGCCUGCCUGCUCAAGGAGUACCAGGAGGUGAUGAACUCCAAGCUGGGCCUGGACAUCGAGAUCGCCACCUACAGGCGCCUGCUGGAGGGCGAGGAGCACAGGCUGUGUGAAGGUGUUGGGCCCGUGAACAUAUCGGUCAGCAGCUCCAAGGGUGCCGUUCUCUAUGAGCCAUGUGUGGUGGGCACACCCAUGCUGAGGACUGAAUACAGCACAGGGACCAUGGGUGUCCUCAGGAGCAAUGGCGGCUGCAGCGUGGUGGGCACCGGCGAACUCUACAUCCCCUGUGAACCCCAAGGGAUCAUGGGCUGCGGAAGUGGGCGGAACUCCAGCACGAAGAUGGGGGCAGGUAGCAACUCAUGCGGUCGUUAG